AUGGCUAUUCAAGAGAUGAUCGUUGAGCUCCGAUUCCAAAUGCCGAAUAUCAAAUUGCGAAUUUCGGAACCAUUGCCAAAAGUGAGUGCAGUGCUUCGCUCGGAGAGUGGUGAGGAGUAUUCAAUUAGCGGAUUCCCACGGGUGCUUCUAGGGAAGAAAGAAGAAGCGCGUGGACACUCUCGAGGGAGCUCUGAAGAUGUGGCGACAAUACGGGGGCGCGCACUGUGGACUCCCCCCGACUUCUCGCGCUAUCCAUCGUUUGAUUCUGGAAUUGAACUCAGCGAGGGGUCUCACCCUGCAGGCUUUCAGUCGCCAACAUCUGCUUCUGGAGCUAUAAAUGAAACGAAUCUAUUCCCUCAAGAACUUGAUGCCCCAGAGACCCGGCAAGGUCCGGCUUUAUACGAAGCAAUACGACUGCAACGUGAACGCGACAGGAUUCGAAUAGAGGAGGUGGAGCCUUUGAAAGAAAAGUUGAGGCAGCUAGAAGUAGAUCAACUGGAACUGACAAAUCUUCUUACGGUAUUGAUGGGACCAGGGGAUAAAAGCUGUAGGCGAAAAGUGUCAUGGUACUCUGAAAACAGUCGCGUUUACUACAAUCCGAAGCAUGAAUGGUACUAUCCGAGUGAACAAGCUGCUUCUGAGAUUCUGAUCUUCCGUCAAUAUGAUUCUAGGGCGGAGCUGAAGCUCUGA